UCUGGAAGCACGCGAAGAAGAAACAGCACCAGCAGCAGAAACAGCAGCAAAAACAGCACUAUGAAACACCCCUUCCAGUUGGUAGUCUCCAAUUCCAAAGGCACUCUUUUGUUUUGUGCUGCAAAAAACACCUUGCAGAUCUUUGAUCUUCAGAAUGGGCACUUGAUAGGCUCCUGGGUGGACUCUGUUGACCACAAGACUGUGAUGGAACAGCAGCACCAGAAGAAAAUCAAUGCUUUGAAACUCCACCAGCAAGACCUAGCUGAAAUCUCUCACGAAAAGCCUGCUAAUGGAAGAAAGAAAAUACCAAAAAUCCCAGUUCCAGGUUCUGGUGCUCCUCAAAUUUACAACUACAUUAGAUGCUUAAUCUUGUCAAACAGUGAGAAAUUUUUAGUUAUAACUACUGAUUCCGAUAAGGCUGCCAUUAUAUUUAAACUAGAUUAUUCAAAUAAGCUGAACAUAUUGGAUUGCGCUACUAUUCGCCAUCUUUUUCCAAAGAGACCUUGCUCCAUUUUGACCACUCCCAACGAUGAUUUCUUAAUUCUCGGUGAUAAAUUUGGUGAUGUUUAUAAAUUGAAAAUUCCAGAAAAUUUCACUGACUAUAAUCCAAUAAAUAAUAGUUAUACUUUACUAUUAGGCCAUGUUUCAAUGCUAACUGAUUUACUAUUAUGGAACCAAUCCGUUAUCUCUGCUGAUAGAGACGAACAUAUCAGAUUCUCAAAUUUCAACAAUCCUUUCAUUAUUGAAAAUUUUUUAUUUGGCCAUACUCAAUUCAUAUCUUCGUUAAACAUUCCUAAAUUUAACAACAAUUUAUUGAUAUCUGCUGGUGGUGAUCAACAGAUUUUUUUUUGGAAUUUAUCGCAAACUCAUCAAAAUCAUCCCAUUCUAAAAUUUGAUAUAAAACCUUUUAUUUAUCCUUACUUGAAUAAAAAUCAUUCAAUUCCAAAAAGAUUUUUAAAAACUAAAGAAUUUUCAAUCUCACAAAUUAAAACAGUAUCAUUAACUUCAAAUGAUAACUCAAUCUUAAACUUAAUGAUUGUCUUGAUCGAACAAACUAAUGUUUUACUAAUCUUAAAAUACAAUGAAUUGGAUUUUGCUAAUAACAAAAUCAAAAUUGAUCUAUUUCAAUUAAUUCAAUCUCAAAACACUUUUAUAAAUUUAUCAAUUAUCAAUAAUAUUAAUAACAAUAAAAUCAUAUCCUCCAUUUCAAAUGUCAAUAAUGAUAAUACAAAUGAUAAUGUUAAAUUAGUGGAAAUCUACAAUUUUAAUCAAUCUUCCAGUCAAUUUGAAUUGCUUACAAAUGCAGAUAAUAUUCAAAUUACAUCCCAAAUUUCAAAUAAUAACAUUUGUAAUAUUAAUUCAAAAAAGGAUUUGGUACCCUUAUUUACAAUAAAUCAAUUAAGAAAAAGAAGUGAACAUUAA